UCACUUCACCACACUGCCUUUUUGUUCCGCGCCGGAAAACCUUUUUCCGGCGUAUUUGCUCUUUUCACGCUCGCUGGACUGGUUUUCCCGGCCUCAUUUCCGGCCAGCGUCACUCUCUCUCUGUCACUCCGUUAACCUGAAACUUGAAAAUGAGGGAGAUUUUGCACGUCCAAGGUGGGCAAUGCGGGAACCAGAUCGGAUCAAAGUUCUGGGAAGUUGUUUGCGAUGAGCAUGGCAUCGACCCCACUGGUCGAUACAUUGGAACCUUGGACCUUCAACUUGAACGAGUUAAUGUCUAUUACAAUGAGGCCAGUUGUGGAAGGUUUGUUCCCAGAGCCGUUCUAAUGGAUCUCGAGCCGGGAACCAUGGAUAGUGUGCGCACUGGUCCUUACGGCCAGAUUUUCAGGCCUGAUAACUUCGUGUUUGGUCAAUCUGGAGCUGGAAACAACUGGGCCAAAGGUCACUACACGGAGGGGGCAGAGCUCAUUGAUUCAGUGCUCGAUGUGGUGAGGAAAGAGGCAGAAAACUGCGAUUGCCUUCAAGGAUUUCAAGUAUGCCAUUCUCUUGGAGGAGGGACUGGAUCUGGAAUGGGCACGCUAUUAAUCUCGAAGAUCAGGGAGGAGUAUCCAGAUCGAAUGUUGCUCACUUUCUCUGUGUUCCCAUCCCCAAAGGUCUCAGACACUGUGGUUGAGCCAUACAAUGCCACUCUCUCUGUUCAUCAGCUGGUGGAGAAUGCAGAUGAGUGUAUGGUGCUUGACAAUGAGGCCCUUUACGAUAUCUGUUUCAGGACCUUGAAACUCACCACCCCAAGUUUUGGUGAUCUGAACCACCUCAUCUCGGCCACCAUGUCGGGUGUGACCUGCUGCCUCCGCUUCCCUGGCCAGCUCAACUCCGACCUCCGAAAGCUCGCCGUAAACCUCAUCCCCUUCCCCCGCCUCCACUUCUUCAUGGUCGGUUUUGCCCCUCUGACCUCUCGUGGCUCCCAACAAUACCGUGCCCUAACUGUCCCUGAACUCACCCAACAAAUGUGGGAUUCCAAAAACAUGAUGUGUGCUGCGGACCCAAGGCAUGGCCGAUAUCUCACUGCCUCUGCCAUGUUUAGAGGGAAAAUGUCGACUAAAGAAGUUGAUGAGCAAAUGAUAAAUGUGCAAAAUAAGAACUCCUCUUACUUUGUGGAGUGGAUCCCCAAUAAUGUGAAGUCGAGUGUGUGCGAUAUCCCUCCUAGGGGCCUUUCUAUGGCUUCGACCUUUAUUGGGAAUUCGACCUCUAUUCAGGAGAUGUUUAGGAGGGUGAGUGAGCAGUUCACUGCCAUGUUCAGGAGGAAGGCUUUCUUGCACUGGUCUUAGUACACUAUAAUCUAUCGAACUACAGGAGUCCAGGGUCCAUCGGGUCAUCCUUGUUGGAUGACAUGAUGCAUAGUGAUGAAUAGACUGGGAUCAGUCCUUGGGGUGUGCUCACUUAUGGCUGGUUCCCCUCAUCUCUAUCACCAUUUCAUCAACAGGUUAUGCUGUUUUAUAGUUCAUUGGUUUUGUAACUUGCUUUGUUUGUCCAUUGUUUCAUUGGCUUCGCCAUGUCUUUGAGGAAGGCUGCUUUCUCCUAUUAUUGAAAGGAUUAGCACAAUCCAUGUCUAUAUUCUUAUUAGCAGUACCUUAAAUAUGAAAAUUUUGUAAGCCCUGUGUUGCUAACUGACAUAUGAAACCCAUAAGGAACAAUUACGUAUGUUACAUAUUUGGUCCUCUAUGUUACAAGAUGCUCCACAUUUUGUUGAAAAUUAUGUGGAGACGCCCUCUACCUUGCCACCCAACCUGUCUGACAUUUCCAAUACUGAAGAGGAGGGAAAUUUUCCAAUUUUUUUAAUUUUUUGUUUAUAUGGGUAAUGUCCAAUAUUCAAAACACUGAACAACACUAUCUGUUGGCUGUUCAGUGUUGGUAAUGUUGGACAGUGUAGGUUUCCUAGGAUGUCUGAUAUUAGCAAUAUUGCACAAUAGAAAUUGUGGCUUUCUUUUAGGUUUCAAGCUGUCCGGUAUAAAAAAUACUAGAUAGCUGAAAAUUAAGAAAAAACCGCAGAAAUUGCUGUUCGAUAUUGGUAAAUUGGACACACUAGGAACUUGGACUUUUGAGCUGUUCGACAUUUCAAACACUGAACAACUCAACAAAUAAGGCUGUGUGGUGUUUCUGAUAUCGAACUGAACUUGAAUAAAAGAAAAAUAAAAAACUUGUGGAAUUUCCCACUUGUCCAGUGUUGGAAAUUCUAGAUAAAAAGGCCGGCGGGUGGGCCUGCAGGUAAAUUUUUCGACCCGUAAAGUAAUCCGGUGUGAAAGUCACGAGUCCUGAAAAAUGUGUCUUGGAGUUCUUAAUAC